AUGGCUGUAAAUGUGCCCAUCCUUGUGGGUGGCAGCCUGGCGUGCUAUGAAAUGGACCUGAUGCUGGAGCGGCUGGGACCGAAUGCCAUAACGCUGCCUCUGAGCCAGGAUUGCUGUCAGGGGGAGCAGAGGAACAAAGGUGUGGUAGGCCUGGGUGGCCUUGGCCAAGUGGCCUCCACUCGCCCAGACCUUGGGCACCAGCAGGCUCCUCCUCCCCAACGCGCAGGCCCUUAUCAGGAAGCAAUUUGGGUUGGUGAGGAGGGGGAAGUCCGAGGCCCCAGGCUCGGCAAGGUGGGUAGGAGAGAUAGGGAAGUGGGGAGGGGGCCGUGGGGCCCGGCUGGGAGGGCCCGCGGAUGGAAGAAAUACCCAGAGCCAGUGCUGUCCUUGCCGGCCUGGCUCUUGACAUGGUUCCAGAGCUGUUCCUGCCUUCCCUCCUUGCCGGGCAAGCCGCCCGCACCUUUAAUUAGCAAGCAGCAACCUUGCCCCGAUUCAGCACAGUCGCUGUUUAAUUAG